AUGAAGAUCUUUGUCGCCGCCCUCGUCGUCGCGUCUGCGGCCGCCGCCGCUGUCCCCGACUGCUCCGUCGCCAACUUUGCGGGUCUCUUGCCCAUCGCGAUGGACGGCAACGGCGUCUUCGCCACGUGCAGCAAGGACAUCAACGAGCCCGUCUCGGCCAUGAUGAACCCCAACUGGAUCCCCAAGAACCUCCAAAUGGUCAAGGACUUUGCCAAGUCAAGCAACUGCAAGAACUUCUACAAGACCGUCACCGACUUUAUGCUCACGGUCAAGCCGCCGUGCAUGCUGCACCAGGCGGGAGCUGACUUGUCGACGGAUUACGCCGGUACGAUUCCGUUCGACACGUCGAUCCAGACGUGGACGGCGUACUAUACGCCAACGUCGGCGCCGACGCCCAAGCCAACAGAUGCACCGACAGCUGCACCGACGGUCGCGCCGACGCUCAAGCCGACGGACGCGCCUACGGCUGCACCGACUGUUGCGCCGACGCCGAACCCGGCGUGCUAA